AGCUCAGCUUCAUUCGCUCUUCAAGAAGGGGUCUUAAAUGCCGAUCGAAGUACUCAAACAAACUUUAUAUCAACGUUAAAAUAACUAGUGAGCUUUCGUAGAGUGAACGGUCCAUUGCACCAUAUAGCGCUCCGACGUGCCGCUUAAAUUAGUCCUAUAGUUUAUUUUACAGUUAAAAGUGUUGUUUUUUUCCGCUGUUGUUCUGGUAUCUUCGCUAAGGCUAAUGUCAGUCAGUCAGACCAACUCAUGUGUUUGAACUUCUUCAGAGAACGAGUCCAGUCCCGGUGACAGCAGCAGAGCGAGCUGUGUGUUCCGCUGUUCCAACUCCUCUUCAAUCUAUCAUCAUGAGCUUGUCCAAAGAGUGAAAACGGAAAUUGGAAACGAAAGUGUUUUUUUUUUAAAGUACAAACGAAGAUAUCUUCCCAACCCAAGGUGUUUUAGUGGGUGUUAUCUGAAGGAGUCAUGGAGCCUUCACCGGACCUCAGGGAACAUACGGUGAAGACAUCACACAACGACUCCCAUGUUCCAGACCACUCAGACACCAGGAGAGACCAUGACUAUUCUAAACACGGCUGAUUGGCUGCUGGGCUGCAGUAGCCCGCCCCCUGGCCACAGUGGAAAGGACUAUGUUAAAACAGAACCUAAUAACAUCAGUGAGACAGCCAGGACUACAGGAGACACAACACUGGACAGCUACGCAGGAUCAGUCAUUACCAGCAGUGGAUACAGCCCUCCAUCUGCACACCAGUACUCCCCACCCAUCUACCCCUCCAAUUUCACGUCAUCAUCUGGUCUGUACUCCAGUAACAACUCUGUGUCCAACCCAGCCAACUACACUGCUCCACAGCAGGUACCUGUGUGUAUGCGUGCAUGGUGUGUGUGGUGUGUGUGUAUGUAUGUAAGUGUCUAUAACAAGCAUUCUUUAACCUCAUCAACAACACAAGUCUAUUCCUACUGUGGAACUCUGUCUAGAAUCCACACGGUUACUUCUAUAACUACCUAAGUGUUUGACUGCUGU